UGCAGUGACGGUGGUCAUCGGCUUCACGGUUCACCUGGGCGACCAUCGAGCACUGGACCGAGCUCUGUUCAGUUGAGCUUCAUCACCACUUAGGAAAUUCAACUCAUGGCUUCUUUAAGGCGUUCGCUAAGAUCUCUUCUCCAACGCGAGGAUGAAGAAGUUCAAAAUCCUAUAACCAUGUCCGAUCAAGAGAUCUUGGAGAAGGUUUACGCUACUCAUCUCCCCAGUGACACCAAGCUCGAUGCCGACUCUCUUUUCACCAUUGUCGACAUCAUCCUUCGGGGUUCCACCUGUAUCGUGGACAAUGUCUUGGAGGGAAACCAUGAAACCCCUAAGUGUGUUGAUGAAAAGCUUCCCCAAGCCACCUUCACUUCUCCGUUGCGCACAUUGAAGGAAAUUUCUUCGGAGAUGUGCUGCAAGACUCCCGGUGAUGAUAUUGCUCACAAGACUACCAUGACGAUUCUGAAUCUGCUCUCCGACUAUUCCUGGGAAGCAAAAGCUAUUCUGACUCUUGCCGCUUUUGCUCUGGAAUAUGGAGAGUUUUGGUGGCUUUCUCAGCUUCAGCCUAACGAUGAAUUGGCCAAAUCAGUAGCCAUACUGAAACGAGUUUCUGCGCUGACGAAGCCUGCAGCUCUGCGUGAACAUUUCCUGGACAUUUAUGAGAUAAAUAAUAUGAUCAAAGCCGCUAUGGAAGUGAUUGAGGCCGUCUUUGAGCUUCAGAAGCUCACCUCUUAUGAUGCAGUGGAUGUGCCUGCUUUGGCGCAUGCAGUGGAUCUUAUCCCUGUUGGUGUCUAUUGGGCUAUUAUUACUAUUGCAGCCUGUGUCACUCAGAUUGAUUGUCUCACUACUGAUUCGGAGCAAAGGCAGGAAUUGUCCUAUUUUGGGCAAAAAACUAGAAUAGUGCUCGCCAAGUUGAAGAAGAUGAUCUUCAUCUGCGAGCAACAGAUAGAGGAGAUAAGGUCCUAUGGAAGGCUGAUGGAACUCUUGCGAACCCCGUCUGAAAUAGUUGAGGUGUUCAAGGUCCUGAUUUUCUCAAGGGAUGGACCUCAGGAACUGUUUGAUGGUGCUACCAAACAAAUGGUUGACAUUGAUGUGCUGAGAAUGAAGCACUUGUUCUUGUUCAUUUCCACCCUAGACAUCACGGAGCCAGAAAUAUCAAUUCUCUUUCCAAUUUAUGAAUUUAUCAAGACAAAUAACCAAUAUAAGAUUGUGUGGAUUCCCAUCGUAGAGGAGUGGAAUGACCAGUUGCGCAAGAAAUUUGAGAUCCUGAAAAGUAAGAUGCCAUGGUACGUGGUGGAGCACUUUGGAAGUGUCGCAGGGUACAAGUACAUUAGAGAGGAAUGGCAUUUCAGGAAGAAGCCGAUGGUUGUGGUGCUGAAUCCUCAAGGGAAGGUGCUCAACACUGACGCAUUCCAUUUGAUUCAGGUUCAGGGGAUGAAGGCCUUUCCCUUUACCGCCACUAGCGGAACCAGAAUCGAUACCAAGAUUGACAGUAGCUCCAACUGGAUCGGAACAGUGGUUUGCAAUAUUCACCCCACCAUUGACCUCUGGAUCAAGGAGAGGAAAUACAUAUUUUUGUUUGGGGGCAAUGACUCAGCUUGGACUCGAAGGUUCACCAAGUACGCCACUGAUCUUGUACAGGAACCCAUCUUAAAGAAGGCCAAGAUUUCAAUAGAGUUGUUCUAUGUGGAUGAGGACAGGAGCCUCUUACGCCGGUUUUGGAGUGGUAUAGAGAGCUUGUUUGCGCCCCAGGCUUACAAGACUGUUGAAGCCGUGCCCGAAGAAAUACAGAAGAUGAUUUCCUUCAAGAACGAAGGUGGAUGGGUUCUGUUCAUCAAAGGAGCAUCUCUGGUGUUGAGUGGUCACGGCCCCACGAUCUUGAAGACGGUGGCAGAGUUUGAGAGAUGGAAAGAGAGCAUGUUGAAGAAUGGGUUUGAGUUGGCUGUCAAAGAAUAUCACGAGAAGGUUAAAACAUAUCAUGAGAUGGUAACACGCAGCAGCCUCCGUUGAGUGAACUGCCAAUUCCACGGUGUAAAGCCUAAGCCUAGCUGGUUAAGUCUAAUGAGAAAACCCGUCACGUAAAGCUAGAAUGGGGGAGAGUUUCGGACUACGCUUUUUCCAGUCUAAUAAAGAUGCCUGUGUUAUCUAUCUGGUGUGCUUACGUACUAGUAUGAGCUUAGUAUGUACGAGUUCUAUAUCAGUUUGUUCUUCUUGUUGUGGCUAGGACUCUAAUGUUAUAUCUCUGUCUUAAAAUGUGUUGAAAGUCUAAAUACUUGCCUAGUGACUUCAUAGUUGUGCGCUUUUAGUUCUAAAGAGGAAUGAAACUAUUACAGGACCGGUGAGAAACGAAAAGGAAGAAUUUUAGGGUUUGAUGUCAUCUGGCAUUCAAGUAACAUGAACUUUACUCUCUGGUUCCACUAAUGCUGAUUGUUUCUCCACCUUUU